UCAGUUUCUUCUCAGAGACCCUCCCCUGUUGACAUCGAUAAUGCUACUGCUAACCGCUAAUAACUGUAACUGUUAGUCUGUUGCUUUUGUUGUCACGGAGAGAAAAGCUGCUUAAGGAAUUAUUAAAUAACAUCUGGAUGCAUUAAUAUGUGGUAAAAGUUCUCCAGUAUGUCAGAUCUGGCCCUGUGGGUAAUCCGUAUCACACGGUGAUCACAGUUCACACCUGAGGUGAAGAGAAGGACAAACUCCAGGUGUAGCAGCUGAAAUCUGUGUGACUGUUAAAGAUGGACUUUAUUAAAGAGGAGAUUGAAGACAUGAGUGAUCCAGAACCAUCUGGAAUAAAACAUGAAGAUACUGAGGAACAAAUAGACUGGAUGGAGAUGAAACCGCAAAAACAUGAACUGAAUGAAGCAGAGGAGGAAAAGCAGAGCAUCAAAUCUCAAAGAACAAAAGAUAAUAAGCCGCACAUUUGCUCUCAGUGUGGAAAGAGUUUCACACAAAAAGGAAACCUUAAGAGACACAUAAGAAUUCACACUGGAGAAAAACCGUUUACAUGCACUCAGUGUGGAAAGAGUUUUUUCCAAGCAUCAAGUCUCAGUAAUCAUCUACGCAUUCACUCUGAAGAAAAACAGUGUGAUCAGUGUGGUAAAGAUUUUCAUUCAUCGUCACAUCUAAAACAACAUCUAAAAGUUCAUUCAGAUGAGAGGCCUCGCUUGUGUUCUUUCUGUGGAAAGAGUUUUUCAAGGCUUUAUAGUUUUAAUCUGCACCAGAAAAUACAUAAUGAAGUAAGAGAUCAUGUGUGUUGUGACUGUGGGAAGAGCUUUAUUAGAGCUGACUGUCUGAAACUGCACCAAAGAAUUCAUACUGGAGAAAGACCUUACAAGUGCUCAUAUUGUGACAAGAGUUUUGCUCGUUCUAAGAGCCUGAAAUCACACAAGCGAGUUCAUACUGGAGAGAAGCCGUACCACUGUACUCAGUGUGGAAAAAGUUUUACUCAUACAACAGCUCUCAGAAUUCAUCUGCGCAUUCACUCUGGAGAAAAGCCAUUUAACUGUGAUCAGUGUGAUAAAAAGUUUAUUUCAUCAUCACAUUUAAAAAAACACCAAAACAUUCAUUCAGAUGAGAGACCUUAUGUGUGUUCUCUCUGUGGAAAGGGUUUUUCAUGGCUGAACAAUUUUAGACAGCACCAGAAAACACAUAAUGAAGUGAAAGAUCAUGUGUGUUGUUAUUGUGGGAAGAGCUUUAAUAGAGCUGGCAAUCUGAAACAGCACCAAAGAACUCAUACUGGAGAAAAACCUUACAAGUGCUCGUAUUGUGACAAGAGUUUCACUCAUUCUGGAUCCCUGAAAUCACAUGAGCAACUUCAUACUGGAGAGAAGCCGUACUACUGUACGUAGUGCACUUGUGUAAAAAUAUGUUGCAAGUGAGCUGCAUUUGUUUUCAUGUUAAAUACAUUCAAGUAAAUAGUGUGAGAUAAUUAAAAGUUUUGUCCUAAAAGCACAAUAUUAUUUUGCCAUAUUGGUUAAAAAAACAAAUGCUUGGGAAAUCUUUUAAGACUUAAAAGUUAAAGCUUCACCAGUCUACAAGUCAUUGUUGUAGUUUAUUUCCUUUACGCUGGAUUGUGUGUAAAUAGGUCUUUCUUGAAUUAGAUGAAUUGACGUCAUUUUCUUAUUUACUAAGUGUACUAAAUUGUCUUCUGUUAGUACUUGUAAUUUUGAGAAAUAAAACGCAAACAACAUCUUGUCUGAUGUGUGUGUGUGUUUCUUUAACUUGUUUAUCCCCCCCACCCUCUUUUUCUUUUUACGUGAGUGAUACCUGUUGAAAUAGUUACAAGGAAUUGAAAGGAAAUAUGAAAUUUUGGGAUUAAAGAAAACCUGUUUAAGAUCUGCUGAUCCUACAACUUGACAUAACAUCACAAGACAAACUGAGAUCUGGUCCUGUGGGCGUCAGUAUCACACAGUGAUCACAGCUCACACCUGCAGUGAAGCUCCUCCCACAACAAUUCACCAAUAAAUACUGGGAAUAUUCACAUCAUCCUACAAGAGAAGGACAAACUCCAGGUGUAGCAGCUGAAAUCUGUGUGACUGUUAAAGAUGGAGUUUAUUAAAGAGGAGAUUGAAGACAUGAGUGAUCCAGAACCAUCCAGAAUAAAACAUGAAGAUACUGAG